UCUGAAAUAUUAAAAGGUUUAAUGAAACGAAAGUUUAUAUAUCAAAGUGAAAAUUUUUUUUAAAGUAUGAAAAUAUAUAUAAUAUCAGACAUUUUUAUAUUUAACACUCCGAAAAUUUAUUAUAAAAAUGUAAGUAAAGAGAGAAAAAAAAUUAAUACAAUAAUUGAUUUUACGGUAACAAAUGAUUUAUCGGGCUUUUUAGAAGAUAUCUGAAUCGCGUUUCUACGUCUCCAGACCUAAAGCUUUCCCGUGAAUCUUUGAUCAUCUCUUGUAUUCUCUUCCAUUCAACUCCGUACUUUUUCUUUGGCCAAAAAAAAAGCUCAAUACUUUCCGAUCUGAGGAAAUUGAAAUUUUGUUAUUUGAUAUUCAAGAAAUUGGAAAGGAAGAUGAUUCGUUAUUUGGCUGAAAUUUAUAAAAAUGAUAUGAAGUCUAGUGGUGAAGAUUUGUUAAGUGCUAUAGUGCCUUUGAUGAAACUUCUGUCUCUUACAGUUAUAGGAUUGGUUCUUGCACAUCCCAAAACGCAAAUCAUUCCAAAAGCUACAUUUAAGCUCCUAAGCAAGCUUGUUUUUGCACUGUUCUUGCCCUGCCUGAUUUUAACCGAACUGGGUGAAAGUAUUACGUUUGAUAGCAUUGGUCAGUGGUGGUUCAUUCCAGUUAAUGUGUUAGUCAGUACUUUAGUUGGUUGCUUGCUUGGGUUUUUGGUGGUUAUUAUAUGUCACCCGCCACCUGAGUAUAAGAGAUUUACCAUCAUUAUGACUGCCUUUGGCAAUACGGGUAACCUCUGUCUUGCGAUUGUUGGAUCUGUAUGUCACACUUCCAAUUCCCCUUUUGGACCCCAUUGCCACUCUAGAGGUGUGGCCUAUGUCUCUUUUGCACAGUGGGUUGCUGUGAUUCUUGUCUAUACCUUGGUUUAUCACAUGAUGGAGCCGCCGAUGGAGUUCUAUGAAGUUUGUGAAGAAGGGACUGAAAUUGAGGAACAGAGACCAACCAAUGAUAUCAGCAGGCCUCUUCUUGUAGAAGCUGAAUGGCCUGGUAUGGAAGAAAAAGAGACUGAACAUUCUAAGACACCAUUCAUUGCCAGGACUUUUAACAGCAUCUCAAUUUGUUCAGCAACAACUUUUCCUGACCUUGAUAUCGAUGGAGAGACUGGUGAGAGCAGUCACAAAUCCAUUCGGUGCUUAGCUGAACCAAGAGUAGUCAGGAAGAUCAGAAUCGUUGCUGAACAAACUCCAAUACAGCACAUACUUCAGCCCCCUACAAUUGCAUCUCUAUUAGCUAUUAUUAUUGGUAUGGUGCCUCAAUUAAAAUCCUUUGUCUUUGGAUAUGAUGCUCCCCUAUCUUUCAUCACAGACAGCUUGGAGAUUUUAGCUGGUGCAAUGGUGCCUUCUGUGAUGCUCAUUCUUGGCGGUAUGCUAGCUGAGGGUCCAAAUGAUUCUAAGCUUGGACUCAGAACCACAAUUGGCGUAAUAGUGGCAAGACUCUUGGUGCUUCCAUUGCUCGGAAUAGGGAUUGUGACACUUGCCAGCAAAUUGAAUUUUCUUGUCCCUGGUGAUGCAAUGUACAGAUUUGUGCUCUUGUUGCAAUAUACUACACCAAGUGCCAUUUUGUUGGGAGCUAUUGCAAGCUUGAGGAAUUAUGCAGUUAGUGAGGCUUCAGCACUUCUCUUCUGGCAGCAUGUAUUUGCUCUAUUUUCUUUGUCUCUGUAUAUUGUUAUUUACUCUAAAUUGCUGCCACAUAUGUAGAUUGAUAGAUUUGCCUAAUGUCUUGGCGCAUGAAAAUCUUGUUGGCUAAUUGGUUAAUGCACAAGUGCUUCCAGAAUGCUGCUGUCGCCAUCCGAUUAAAUAAGAUGUAAUCCUCUGUUCUAUGUGCUGUAUCGGAUACCGGGGAUGCAGUGAAUGCAGUUGAUUUUGUAGCACCAUUAAUGCAGUUGUUCUAUGUGCUUUGUUUGUUCUUUGUAGC